UGCAGUAAGGGAGGGGAGUUGGAUAUACCUCGCCUAAUAUCUCCGGGGUUUGACACCAUCAUUGUUUAUUCUUGUGCUCCAAAAGCCGAGUCUUCUGAUGGCUCCCUUAGGAGAAGUUGGGAACUAUUUCGGUGUGCAGGAUUCGGUACCGUUUGGGAAUGUGCCCGUGUUGCCGGUGGACAGCCCGGUUUUAUUAAGCGACCACCUGGGUCAGUCUGAAGCAGGGGGGCUCCCCAGGGGGCCCGCAGUCACGGACUUGGAUCAUUUAAAGGGGAUUCUCAGGCGGAGGCAGCUCUACUGCAGGACUGGAUUUCACUUAGAAAUCUUCCCCAACGGUACUAUCCAGGGAACCAGGAAAGACCACAGCCGAUUUGGCAUUCUGGAAUUUAUCAGUAUAGCAGUGGGCCUGGUGAGCAUUCGAGGCGUGGACAGUGGACUCUACCUCGGCAUGAACGAGAAGGGGGAGCUGUACGGAUCAGAAAAACUAACCCAAGAGUGUGUAUUCAGAGAACAGUUUGAAGAAAACUGGUAUAAUACGUACUCAUCGAAUCUAUAUAAACACGUGGACACUGGAAGACGAUACUAUGUUGCGUUAAAUAAAGACGGAACUCCAAGGGAAGGGACUAGGACUAAAAGGCAUCAAAAAUUUACCCAUUUUUUACCUAGACCGGUGGACCCUGACAAAGUUCCUGAACUAUAUAAGGAUAUUCUAAGCCAAAGUUGACAAAGACAAUUUCUUCACUUGAGCCCUUAAAAAACGUAACCACUAUAAAGGUUUCACGCGGUGGGUUCUUAUUGAUUAGCUGUGUCAUCACUUCAGCUCCACUGUGGCCAAACUUUGUCGCAUGCAUAAUGUAUGAUGGAGGCUUGGAUGGAACAUGCUGAUUUUGUUCUGCACUUAAAGGUUUGUCCUCCUGGAGGAUUACCUAUGCCCACUUGCUUGAUUUAGUGUGAAAGAAGAGGAGAGAGAGAGAGAGAGAGUCAGAGUGAAGGAGUGUGAGUGUGUGAGUGAGAGGGGAAAUGGAGGCAAAAGCAAAGAGGAAACGGCCUGAUGCAUGCUGGGAAAUAGACACGCUUUUAAAUUUUUGAUCAGUUUUACUUCAUCGUAUAUCAAUCAGCAUAGCUGCCAUACUUCGACUCAUCAGGAUUUUGGCUGAUGACCUGCUCAAGGCUACGCUGCAUUUUCAAAGGCAUGGAGGGUGCAGUCUUACUUAAAAGACUUUUUCAGUUAAAUCUCACUGGUGUCAUCCCAGUGUUAAAGCAAAGACCUCUUAGUAUAAAAAAAAAAAAAAA